AAAAGCAAAGAGAAGAAAAGGCCAAAGUCCAACAACGUUCGUUAACGAUAUCUCAAACAUGGAGGCCGGUGGAAAACGCGCGACAUCUGCAUGCACCGUCGCUGCAGCGGUGGACGGCGGCCUGGUCAUCUUAGCCAACGAUGCAAUUCAUUCAUUUCUCGCCGCAUCUACCCAGGACACUAUCCUAUCUCAAGACCUGAGAGACCUCGCCUCCUCACUCUCUCAGCGAGCCUGCGUGCCCUACAGAGCUCUGCGAUCCAUCUGGAUUGGAUCCAACCCCUCCGAAAGACCCGAACUCACCUCCCUUCUCUGUGGAUCCGGAUUUGCCUUCUCAAGCCCCGAGCCACGAAAGAAGAGCGAGGAAUUGAAGGCUCGAUUGCGGAAGCUGGCGGAGGCAUCCGAGAGGAAAGCUUAUGAGGAAUUGGUGAAGGACAUAACCCCCAAGAAGAGAGUCGAAGAGCCUUUCUCUUCUUACAAGCAUCAAUUAGGCUUCGGCAUGCACGUUGUGCUUAUGAUGUCCGCUGGCUUUUUGGUUGGAUAUGCUGCAUUCAGGGCUUUGUUUAGUCACAGUCCUGCUAUGAGUGCUGCUGGUGGCAUCCUUGGACUGGUUAUUGGCAUGCUUGUAGAAACACUUCUUUUCAUUGUUAGAACUACUAGUCUAGAUCAAAGAUCCACUUCUUUUGUUUCUAAGGCAAAAAAGACUAAUGAAUCUUUGGUCGUGGCAUACAAGGGAAAGGACAUGUUUGAAUCUAAAAUACUGUUUAAAUUUCAACCAGAAAUUUUAAUGCUUCAUCUAUUUCAGCUUCAAUUGAAGAAGGAACAGAGUAGAGUGAAUAUGAAGGAUCUAAAGAUGAUAAUUUGCAUUUGCUAUGUCUCUGGGACUGCUUUUGUUGCAUUGUUUCGUAUCUUGGAUUUACACAAUUUGUCAAUGUUUGAUGUGGGCAUGCGGUCUUAA